AUGCUUAUGGAGACCACAAAUGCAAGAAUAAAUGACUCCCUUGUGACAGAGUUUGUCCUGGUGAGCUUCACAACAGAGCCACACCUGCAAGCUUUCCUCUUCUUCGCCUUUCUCCUCUCCUACAUCCUGACACUGAUGGGGAACCUGGGUCUGAUCAUUUUGAUUUUUCUUAAUUCAUGCUUGCACACACCCAUGUACUUCUUCGUGGGCAGCCUCUCCUUUUUAGACAUGUGGUACUCCACUGUCUAUACCCCCCGCAUCCUGGCUGACUGCAUGGUCAAGAGCAAGAUCAUAUCUUAUGCUGCCUGUGCUACCCAGUUCUUUUUCUCUGUUUUCCUGGCCCAGAGUGAGUGCUUCCUGCUGGCUGUCAUGGCCUAUGACCGCUAUGUGGCCAUUUGCAACCCUCUGCUCUAUUCUUCUAUCAUGACCAGGAGUUUCUGUUUCCAGCUGGUGGCAGCCUCCUAUGCAACUGGUUUCACCAAUGCUAUUGUGCACACAAGCAACACCUUCCACCUGCAUUUCUGUGGGGACAACAUCAUAGACCACUACUUCUGUGAUGCCCUACCUCUGAUGAAGAUGGCCUGUGAUGACACCCAUGUCUACAAUCUCAUCUUGGCCAUCACCCUUGGAUGCAACAUGGUGGCUAUUACUGCUCUUAUCCUGGGCUCCUAUACAGCCAUUUUGGCAGCCAUCUUGCGCAUCCACUCACACAGCGGGUGGCACAAGGCCUUCACCACCUGCUCUGCCCAUUUGAUCUCCAUCUCCCUCUUUUACGGCUCCAUCUUCAUCAUGUACUUGCAGCCCAGCUCCCAGCACAUCCCAGACUGGGACAAAGUGGGUGCCCUUUUCUACACAGUGGUCAAUCCCCUGGUCAAUCCCAUCAUCUACAGCCUACGCAACAAAGAUGUGAAAAAAGCCCUCAAGACAGUAGCGGGAAUGAUUAUGAGGAAAAGAGAGAACUAA